GUUGCGAAGCACUGCGCCUCUGGGCACCGCCCAUUGACCGCAUGAAUAAAGGACUGUCUUACCUAUAUCGACCAUUCGUAUAGGAUCCCUUGAAGUUGAAAAUCUGGUAGCCUGAUACUGGCGAUUAUUGCAACCAAUGCGAGGCACAACCGUCGACAUCCUAGAUUAAGGUAGUAUAUAUACCACCUCUGAAUCGUCUCGUCGCAUCAGCGCCCAUUGCCGAGACCCAUCCAUAAUUAAUCGCCGUGCAUAAAUCUCGGCGACUUUCCAUCCUUCCUCGCAAGAUAACGACGUCCAUCUCACUACACAUCUCAAUUUAAGAGUUUUACCAUAAUGGGAAAAUCAAAAUCAGCAACCACCAACACCACAACACUGACCAAUGCCUCGCCCACCAUCCGCCGCUCCGCACUGACCGAGUGCUCUCUGUCCCACCUCACUCCCUCGGACUAUAUCGCCCGGAGCGUCCUCACGGCUGUCACCAUCACCGGCGUGGGUGGCAUCGACAGAACCACAGCCUCAACCUCGGCGUCAACUUCCGCCCCAGCCUGUUCAUCCAAUCCAUCAGCAACGAUCAGCCGCUCCACCUGCACCAGCUGCACCAUCGCACACUCCCACCUGCAUCACUGCAUCUUCGCCAACUGCACCCUCACCAACGUCUCCUCCAGCAAAUUCGUGCAAGCCGACCACUGCACUCUAGAGAAUGUCAUCUCGCUCCGGAGAUGCACCCUCAGCGACUCGAUCAUCGGCGAGUGGUCGUGGAUGACGCGCUGCGAGGUGAGAGCCUCGAAGAUCGGAGGCGGGAGUGCUCUGCGGCGGAGUACCAUCGGCGACUGUCGCGUGACGGGCAGCCGGUUGAAGAAGGCAAGGCUCGUGAACUGCGAGGUGAAAGGGUGUGUGAUUGACAAUACUGAUCUGAAGGGGCUGGUGGUCAAGAAUGGGGUGUGGAAGAAUGGAAGCUUGGUGGGCAGGGUCGACCAGAGUAAGGAUGUAGUGGUUGUGAGCAGGGAUGGGAAGGAUAAGGUAUGUCGGGUCCCGUCUGCGAUCCUGCAUAGAAUUCCUAAGCAUGGGCUAUGCUAACGAAGACUUUAUGGCAGAAGAUCGAUAACGCGGUCGGAACGAAGGGAAUCGUAGCUGAGAAAAGGAGCAUGGAAAGGGACCUGGUUGAAAGUAGUGAU